UGUAAUACGACACCCAUUUCUCUCUCUCUCUCUCUCUCUCUCUCACAUGGCGAACGCAAGCUCUCUUACGCCCUUGUCAAAGCUUGAUUUCUCACUCUUCUCCUCCCAAAGAACCACCGAGAAGAUCACUCCACCGCCAUUGAAUUUCACCGGAACUCAUUCAUUUCCCCGUAAAAUUCACACACUUUCAGGCCUUAAGAAAAGUGGUUCGGUUUUAUUUUCCCGUUUGAAUGAUCAGAUUGCCCAGAAAAGCCUCUCCACUGGUUCCGAGCUUCAAGUUCAGACCAAAAUGUGGAAGUGGAGAGGUUACACCAUUCGCUAUCAGUACUGUGGAACGAGUGGCCCUGCAUUAGUAUUGAUUCAUGGUUUUGGAGCCAACAGUGACCACUGGAGGAAAAAUAUUCCCAUUCUUGCGAAAAUGCAUAGAGUGUACUCCAUUGAUCUUAUUGGUUAUGGAUACUCGGACAAACCGAAUCCUCGCCAAUUUGGGGACACCUCCUUCUACACAUUUGAGACAUGGGCCGCCCAGCUAAACGAUUUCUGUAAGGAAGUGGUUAAGGAUGAAGCAUUCUUUAUUUGCAACUCUAUCGGAGGAGUUGUUGGUCUUCAGGCGGCAGUUAUGGAGCCGACGAUUUGUAGAGGCGUAAUGCUUUUAAAUAUCUCUCUUAGAAUGCUUCAUAUCAAAAAGCAGCCUUGGUAUGGAAGGCCAUUUAUCAGAUCAUUCCAGAAUUUGCUGAGGAACACCGCUUUGGGCCAAUAUUUCUUCAAAUCUGUUGCCACACCAGAAGCAGUGAGGAAUAUUCUCUGUCAGUGCUACCAUGACACUUCCCAAGUGACAGAAGAUCUAGUUCAAAGCAUCCUUCAGCCGGGUCUUGAGCCUGGUGCUGUGGAUGUGUUUCUUGAGUUCAUUUGUUACUCCGGUGGCCCGCUUCCUGAGGAAUUACUGCCUAAGGUGAAGUGUCCGGUUUUGAUAGCAUGGGGUGAUAAAGAUCCAUGGGAACCCCUUGAACUUGGAAGAGCCUUCGAGAAUUUCGAUUCUGUGGAAGACUUCGUUGUGCUUCCGAAUGUCGGCCACUGCCCUCAGGAUGAAGCACCUAAUCUCGUAAACCCGCUCGUCCAGUCGUUUGUAGCACGCCAUUCUGCAUCUUCUGCCGGUCUUCCCUUAACUUCCUUAUCAUAGCGCCGCUUCAUCCGAAACGCUCGUGGUCUUUUCGAUGCCACAUCUCUUAACACUUGCUGGUUCUACACAUUUUGUUUUUCCCUGCUACUAGCUAGGGAUGGAACUGUAUACGCAUAAUUUGUAAAGUCUUCUCAUUUGAUAAUCAUCUCAAUUUGUCAUAGAUCAAU